GCCGCUCAUCUUGUGCCUUCCCAUCAAAUCGUCCUAGACCUGUCUUUCUUCUUACCAUUCGAGAUGUUUGCUCACCCGGGCCGGAAUCAUGAGCUGCAGCGACUCUUCCCGAACUAGCACGGAUGAAUCUCAAGUCGGCCUUCUCAGUGAGAAACGGGACUUCUACCACGAGGAUGAAGAAGAAUUAUCCCCUACCACGAGGUUGCCCAGGCCUCGCACCACUUACAAGCUCCUCCUCAUUUGGCCUUGUUUACCCAUACGACAUCUUGGUCGGUUUCUCGCCCAGAUAAUUCAUCUGUUGCUACCGAGCUUCCUUCAGCCUCGUCGCCAGAGUGGCUCUGGGAAACCUGACACUCUCCCACCGACAGCUUUCCUGGAUGGCAUGCGAGGUCUUGCCGCGUUCAUCGUCGUCAUCUGCCACUUGACAUAUGGCACUUUCGACAUUGGCCAUGCCUGGGGUGCAAACACGGGUUCAGAAGCCAACCCCCAAGGUCAAGAAGCCAACAAGGAAUUCCUCCGUCUACCUAUAGUUCGAUUGUUAUACAGUGGCCCGCCAAUGGUGGCAAUAUUCUUCGUCAUCUCAGGCUAUGCACUCAGCUACAAACCUAUCAGGUUAAUGCGGUCACAAAGUCACGAGCAGCUCAUGACGACCAUGAGCUCCGCCGUUUUCCGACGUGGACUGCGACUCUUCUUACCAUGCUUCGCAUCCACAUUCCUUGUCAUAUGUUUGGCCCAACUCAAUCUGUACGAGCUCACGGAAGAGUUUGCCAACCAGAUGCGCACGCUACGCGAAGACCACUGCUAUACUCAGCCUUAUUUUUGGUUACAAUUCACCGACUGGCUGCAACAGAUACUCAUCUUCAUCGACGUAUUCGACUGGUCACUAUAUGCCGGAUCGAUUGAACUGGACCGUCACCUCUGGACCAUUCCUGCCGAGUUUCGUUGCAGCAUGGCUCUCUUCCUCAGUCAGAUGAUGGUCGCGAGGAUGUCGACGAGACUUCGCCUUUCGACCCUUUCGGCGCUCAUGGUCUGGGGAGUCUCAUGGGACCGGUGGGAGCUGUGCCCGUUCUGGGCUGGUGCGAUAAUUGCGGAAUUGGAUAUCAUACGGCUUUCGAACCCUUCUCGCCUUUCCUCCAUCGCUGGGCAAUUAUCGUCUCGAAGCCUCAAAUGUGCAUCCAGUAUCUUUUAUACGCUUAUGUUUUGCUGCUCGCUAUUCCUCCUCUCAUACCCCGACGCCGCUGGCCACGCAACACCAGGUUACGUCACCCUCACUCAUUACAUUCCCACUUGCUUCACACAAAAGCACCGCUUCUGGCCGACCAUCGGCGCUGUCCUCAUCAUCUGGUCGGCCUGCCGCCUAGACGUCCUUCGAAACCGGGUAUUUUGCUUUGCUCCGAUACAAUAUCUCGGCAAAAUCAGCUUCCCGCUGUACGUAAUGCACGGCCCGAUCAUUCAUACCCUUGGCUACUCGAUUCUCCCACGAACACCUGACCUCGAAACGCCCGAAAUCAUGCGCCAAUUCGAGCUGGACUUCUCGAAGGCGUCUGUUGUAAUAAUGCUGAUGGUGGUCUGGGCGGCCGAUAUUUUCUUGAGACUGAUCGAUAUACCCUGCGUCAACCUGGCGAGACGGGUCGAGAAGAUGUUCUUCGUGACCUGAACGUCUAGAGAGUUGGUACACGUCUGGACUACGUUGCGCGCGUAACCGACAUAUGGGAAAUGCCAGGCUGUCCGGCCGUCAAGAUCCAAGAAAUCUGUCCACGCUCGUGACAAAAUCAACGAGAAACCAUCUGUAUCAUCCUUGGGACGCACACAUUCGCUGAGUGAGUUGAACAUGCAUACGAACGUGAAAAUGGAAAGUGACGAUACAUGGAUACUGGACAGGAUGCAGAUACUUUUUUUUAUAG